AUGUCUGCCAGCCCGUUGAGUCCUCAAAUCAUAGCGGCUGCUGGAGUGGCACUGGAAAGAUCAGACAUGCAGUCAGUCACUGCGCGACUCGAGGCCAACAUGCCCUCCCGGCCGGGGACGUCUCUAGCUGGUCCUACCCUCGGCCCAGUGGGAGCUUCGCCGAUGGAAAGAUCUGCGUCUGCUGUCGAUACAUCUUCUUCUGCGCCAGCACAGAGGAAACCAGAGCGAAUGCAGAGCAAGUCGAGGCGCGACCACCCGGCACACCAAUCUCACUCUCGAACCCAUCGAGACGACCAGAAGACCGUCGGAGAGUAUGCACUUCACGUUCUAUUCACAUCAUUUAUUGCACAAGCAGAAGACAAACUCACGGAAUGCAUCACGGUCCCCUUUGACCCCGAACCGAACAUCGACCGUGUUUGCGGACCCGGCGUUGACCCUGCGUUUGAUCAGUUGAUUGUCGCCUUGGGGCACAUUGCCAGUCCGAAGCCCAAGGCACUGAUCGACUCAAUGAUGCUCUGGAGGAAGAGCAAGAGUGACGCGGCCAACGAGGCCCGAACCCAGCUCCAGCAGCUACGCGGCAACCAGCCCGGAGGUCUCCUACUUCGCAGGAAUACAGAGCCAUUACAACCCGGCCCUGGGGCGGGUGUAGCAGAAUCGACAAGUCCCACAACCCUGACAUUGUCUGGAAAACAGGAGUUUGUUGCCCAGCAGGAGCGCCGGUCCACUGUGUCGAUUUACAUUCUUUGCCGUGUGCUACUGGAGGUCAUUUGCCAGAGCAACCUGGCUUCCAUCACCACGGAAAUGGAAGACAAAUUGGAAAGCAUCAUCUUCGGACAGCUCAAGAUUGCAGACCCUGAGCAACUUAUGCUUUCGCCUCUAAAAUUGGCUAACUGGAACUUGUUUGCGCAACUGCUGGGACAUAUGAGCGGAAUCAACUUUUCCGGGGUGUCGCGAAGAUUCAUCGAUGACCUCGACGCCUCGCUGCAAGAAAGACUAUUAAAGAGCCCAACGUUGUCAGCAGGCCGAGACUUCGAGGGCAAGAUGGAACUAGUCUUGGGUGGCAUGAAGCAUCUGAAAAUCAAAAUCUCUCCAGAGUCUGCUUGGGAAAAGUCGUGCGAAUCUCUGGUUUUGCUAGGGCGUUUGUUUGCCAAAGCCCACGGGCAGCGGGUGAAGGCAGCGUUUUGCCAGGUGAUGGAUAUGUUGCUGCUGCCUAUUGCCGCAAAGGCCAGCAACAGCCAUCUCAUGCAUCCAAAAUGGUCCGAAGUCGUAUCCAACAUUAGCUUUCGACUUGCUCAGCUUUUCGCAAAGCCGCGGCACUGGUCUGUUGCAUUUCCUUUGACCGCGACGUUACUUUGCGUGUCAUCACCUGACAACUUUGGUUCCGGGUGGUCGCAAUUGGUCCUCUCCCUGCAGACUAAGAUUAAAGAUCGAUUCACAAGACCUCUGUGUUUGCAGGUCAUCUCUAGGUUGAUCUGGACGUACUUGUACCGGACCAACGACAACUUUCAAACUACCGUGCGGAAACUUGAUGAUGUCAUGAGAUUGGUCUUGCCGCCUUCAAAGCGCAGCAUAGUCUCUUCGGAUACUGUCGUCAUCGAACCGUUGAUCCAGAUAAUCAGAAUUAUUGGCUUCAAGUAUCCCGAGUACUGUUUCAGGACUGUGGUGUUUCCCCUCAUCAAUGCCGAACUGUUUACGACCAACAAGGAGCUGCGAGUCGAACAGUUGGAUCCUGACAGAAUCGUCGUUGGAAUCCGGGCAUUCCUGUGCAUCAUGUCAGAUCUAGAAAAGGGCGAACAGGGCCGACCCCCCUUCCCACAAUUUUAUGAUGUUCCAGCCCCAGCGGACAGACUCCCUACAUCCCCAGUGCUGUCGUUUCCGCAGAAGGGCCCCCUGUCGACUCCGAGUUCGGGCCCAAAAGAGGAGAUUAUAUCCAGACCGGUAUUGACCCAUGUCCUUAGCGACGGGGUAAGAGAGCAUUACCUUCAGUUCUGUCAACUCCUUGGCAAAAUCACCAUUGUUUGUGACAACACCUUUGGGGGCCAAGCAGCGUUGGACGAAAAAUUCAACAGCCCCGGGCCAAAAACCCCUAUUUCGGAAUCUUUCACUUUCUCUCGACGAGAUGAGCAAGCAAAUGCGUCCGACCAGAAGCAAGCAUUCUACGAGCUGCUGCAUGUCGCUGUUCGAGCACUCCCAAGAUGUCUAUCUGUUGACAUUCCUUUCAACUCGUUGAUAAAUCUGCUCUGCACAGGCACUGCUCAUGUGCAGUCCAACAUUGCUGAGUCAUCUGCAAAUUCGCUGAAGGCGAUUGCCAAGCAAUCUCACGCACAGCAAGUGACCAUGGGGUUUGCUCGUUUCAUCUUCAACUUUGAUGACCGUUACGCCACAAUGUCCGACGGUGGCAUGCUUGGCCCUGGUCACAUCGAAAGCACUUUGCGACUUUACGUUGAGCUGCUCCAGAUCUGGAUCGAGGAAAUCCGACACAAGUCACGAGAAGCAGCCUCGGACCAGCCAGAUUCAAACGCAUCCGAGAAAAGAGCUAUGAAGCUUGACUUAUCGAGCAUAUGGGCAGAAGUUGAUCAGGCCGAAGCACAUGGCUUGUUCUUCCUAUGUUCACAAUCUCGCCGCGUCAGGCACUUCGCAAUCACCGUGCUGCGCUCAAUCACCGAGUUCGACAAGGCACUAGGCAAAGAUGCUUCUGAAGAGAAGGAGACGCUGCGAUUAAUCAACAUUUUGGAAAACGAUUCCAACCAAGUGAUGAAUUUCAACGACGAGCAUCUUUCUGUGGCCGAGCGUAGCAGACUGCAGAGAGGACUACAAAACGCCAACAGCAAAUGUGCAGUGGUAGAGUUAUGCACGAGCGAUGUCUUCUACGAUGCGACCCUUUGGUUCAAAAUUUUCCCUAAUCUCAUCCGCAUUGCAUUCGACAAAUGCCCUUUUGCGGUAACAAUAUGUCGAGACUUGAUCUGUAAUCGGAUACUGCAAAUGUACAAGCCAAUUGUGUACCUGUCGGAGCCAACCAGGGGAUUGUACUACGGCCCGGAUGCGGCGAGCCGAAUGGGCAACCGGUCCCCUGCGGCACAGCCCGAGGUUAUGAUUGAGCAAUGGAAGCUGUAUUUGAUAUUCGCAUGCACGACGCUGGCGGACCCGGGAAGUUUACCCGUGGCCCAGACGCCACCCGAUGGCCAGCAUGCGCGCAAAACGUCGAAGCCCUCGUCCGCGGACAGGAUAGUCACCGCCAGAACUUUGUUCAAGUAUUUGAUUCCGCUCUUGUCCGUUUCGUCCACAUCUGUCCGCGAUGCAGUCGUGGUUGCCAUGGGCUCAAUCAAUAUUCACAUCUAUCGAACACUAUUGGAAGAGCUGCAAGGCCAGGUCUCUCGCUGCAACGACGAGGCUAGAGCAAGGAUUCAUCAACGAACGAACAGCAGCCCCCGUCGCAACAGGAAAAUGGAUCUGCUGCGGACCGAGAUCACUCACGUUUUCAAAUUGACGUCACACUUCUUGAAGGAUUCACUGGUGUACCAAUCUGAAUUCUUCCUGAACAAUUUGACUUCGUAUGCAAAAGAUCUGAAGUUGUUUCUCAUGGAUGGUGAGGUUCAAAUGGACUGGGAGUUCCAAAAACUGAGACGUUAUUAUUGUGGUCUCAUGGAGGCUCUGUUCGAAGGCAUUAACAAAACGGGCGAUCCCUCUCGCUGGAUGACUUUUGAGUCCAGAAAGUCAGCAUUCUCGUUGAUGGAAGACUGGUGUGGCUUCUCCCCCAAUCAGAAUCAAAUACGAGUCAGGGAAGAUACAAUGAGGCAAUCCCUGAUCGACCAGCAGUCGCUCGGUGAACGGGGAACCGUCACAGCUGCCAUGGAGAUCGAAAAGAGAAACCUUCGGACAGCAGCUCUGAGCGCCAUGGCAGCGCUUUGUGGGGGGCCGAUAAGCAUCACCACCGAGAGUGGCGUCACGCUGCAGUUUGACGUGCGCCGUAUGUUGGCUUGGAUAGAGGCCAUUUUCAACUCGGGAAGCGACCGAAUGAACGUCACAGGCCAGCGUGCCUUGAAGAAUCUCGUCACUCAUAACCAAGAAUACCCUUACCUCCUAGAGCAUUGCAUCGCCCGCUGUUACGUGGCCGACGUGCCAAAGGUGCUGGAGAGCUAUUUUCAAGUCACCAUUGAAGUUUUGCAAGAACAAACCAACUAUCCGUGCCCCUUCUUCAAGCUUCUUGCUCUUUGCCUUUUCACUCUUGGAAAUGACCAGAGCGAGAUACGAUCCAAGUCUUCGACGGUUCUUCGAUCACUUGAAGUACGCCAGCAGCGCAACUCCAAAAUUCAAGACUUUGACAUCAGCAUAUCUGACAAAACACAAGCUGUCUACAAGUUAGCACAGUUUGAAAUAUCUAAACGGCUCUCUAAACAAUACCCCGAACUGGCCUUCCACGUGUUUUCGGAGUUUACCUCUUGUUUCAAAGAUCUUCAACCUGCUGCCCAAAGAAAUGUCAUUGCUGUGAUACUACCAUGGAUACAGACAAUGGAAUUGAAACUUGAUCCCAAUGGCGGCCCUACUGCACAGUCCUAUGUCCUUCUGGCAAACCUCCUGGAACUCACUAUCAAGUCAGGCGGAGCCUUGCACAACGAAGUUCAGGCCUUGUGGCAGGCUCUUGCCACCGGGCCACACCCAGGAAACGUGCGUCUCAUCUUGGACUUCAUCAUUCACCUCUGUCUUGAACGACGAGAGCAAAACUUUGUGGAAUAUGUGAAACAGAUUGUCGUGUUUUUGUCGACAACAAACAGCACACCGGGGAUCAAAGUGGUCGAAUUUCUGCUGAUGCAGAUCAAUCCCAAGGCCAUGGUGCCAAACGAGAGACGAGACUCGAUGCCUGCGCCCCCUGAUGUCAACAGCUUCCCCUACUGUGCGGAUCUCAAUGAAGCAUUGCCGGUUGGGGAAAAACAAGCUGGGUUCUCGCUCGGUCAACUGUCGCUCAUCUUGCUGGUGGACUUGAUGGUGUCUCCCGUUCAUCUCACGCCUGAAAAUGUUCCCCUUCUGCUCCAGGGAGUUACUGUUCUGUGGGAUCACUAUACUCCCCUUGUGCAAGAGCAAGCCAGGGAGAUGUUGGUUCAUUUGAUUCAUGAACUAGUCAUUUCUCGAAUGGACGAUGUUUCGGUUGACGUCAAAAAGGAGACUAUUGAAGACUUGGUUGACGCAAUUCGUCGACAUGACCGUACGGUUGUAUGGGGGUACGAGGAUAGCAACGGGAAGGUGGAUGACCACGACAAUAAAGUCCCUCCAAGCAUGGAAUACCUCACCACAGAGGUAGUCAAGACGUUUCAAGUCACCUUUCCAGCAAUCAAGGAGCAAUGGGGACGGCUGUCUCUCACGUGGGCUACGUCUUGUCCCGUGAGACACCUGGCCUGUCGGUCUUUCCAGGUCUUUCGAUGUGUAUUGACGUCUAUCGACCAGUAUAUGCUCGGCGACAUGCUUGCUCGGCUGUCAAACACUAUUGCGGACGAAGACCCCGAGAUUCAGUCCUUCUCCAUGGAGAUUUUGACCACGUUGAAAACCUUGCUGGUGAAGUUGGAUUCCGAGAAGCUUUUAACAUUCCCGCAACUGUUCUGGACGGCAUGUGCCUGUUUGGAAUCUAUCAAUGAACGGGAAUUCCUCGAAGCAGUUGAGAUGUUAAACGAGCUUGUUAGCAAACUUGACUUUAGAUCACCAAAUGUGCGAAGGAUCCUUGCAGACGGCCAACCUGAACGUUGGGACGGCCAAUUUGACGGCAUCCAGCCCUUGCUUUAUAAAGGUCUCCGCUCCUCUUUGUGCUGGCAACCGACUCUAGACACGAUUGACAAACUCGUCAAGCUUCCUGGAGACCCCCUGGUCGGAGAUGAUAGCAGACUGUUUUUCGCUUUGCUGGCAAACUUCCCCCGCUUCUUGAACGAGUUGGAAAAUGCGACGCCAACAGAAAAAACAGUGAAAACGGCGAAGCUACUUCUAGUCGAGGCCGAUAGGCUUGGUCUCGAAUCUGUCGCACUGGCCCUCGAUGACUACGUUUCCAGGAGACAAGUGGACAGUGGCGAAUACAUGACUCAGCUUUUCAUGGCCUUGCGAGAGCAUUUCUUACCGCAGCAAGAGUUCAAGAUGAUCACGUUCUUGAUCGGGCUAUUGACAAACUCGCUGUCCUGGGUCAAAGUGCAAACUAUGCGAAUAUUGUGUGUUGCCAUCCCAGAAGUUGAUAUGCGCAAUCCAGAACUCGCAGGCCACGGCUCCGAUCUCAUCUCUCCUCUGUUGCGGCUUCUUCAAACAGAAUUUUGCAUGGGCGCACUGGAGGUCUUGGACAAAAUCAUGACCAUGUCGGGCAGUCACAUGGAUAAGCACCAUCUAAGAAUGAGUAUGACUCGAUCAACCUCGAAAGCUGUUCGGAAAGAAUACGAGCGGACCCAGAGUUUGUUUGGUAUCCCGGAGUCUUCGGGCUGGGCCAUCCCGGUGCCCGCGAAAAGGACGGAAGCAACACGGGCGAACAUCCAUUCUGCGUUUUACAUGUGUCAAAGCACGGAAGGCUCGUCUACUGAGGCCACGCCAACUGCGGAAGUCGCGUUUCACGAAGACGACUUUCCAUACGGCUAUUUCGACUCUGCGGAGAGAACAGAGACAAUGCUCUCGGACGACGGUCGCGUUGAGGUUCCUGUCGGAGAUUUGGUCACCAAGCUGGACAGCCUGGAUGACUUCUUCGACGAGCCUCACAGCCCUACCACCGACGAUGAUGGAAGGUCGUCUCGCACCGUGACGGAGUUUUCGCCGGAAUCGUUUGAAUCAGGCACUGAGCUUUACGACGAGCAUAUCUUGCCUAUUCUUCACGAGGCGUCAAAUACGACGGCUUUUCAAAACGGAUUCAUUGAUCGUCCCUUGGGUAUGUCGAGAGAUUUGGCGACAAACACGAUGAACCCCGGGGCGUUCACGGCGGGAAUGUCAUCGAGACCAACGCUCCAUUCGAGGUCCAUAACGUCGCCGUCUGCUCCAGCGUCAUACCAACCACACGUGGCUGGUGAAAUGGGAUCUGACGACGAAUCCUUCUCUGCCGGGUUUUCUGACCAAGAUGACGAAAAUUCCGAUGCAAGAAGUCGUGUCGAAUCUCCCAUCCCAGGCUCACGGCCUACAAUGAGACGAGUGGGCAACGGAUCUCGCGAUGAAACCCUACGCCAACACACGCUUCUGCAAGUAACGCCCAGGAUGCCAAACAAGGCCUUUACACCAAACAUGACAAGCUCAGGCGAGAUUCUUGAGGGACGUAACAAAGACGAGUGUCGUGCAAAUUGGAUGGUGUGA